UGUAGAUUCCUUCUUCUCUUUUUUUUUUUCCCCUUGUAAUUUAUGUGUUGAAGAACCUAGGUGGUUUGUCCUAUAGAAUUUGUUACUCUGGAUUUCUCUUUAGUUUCACAUAUUUCUCUACCCUCUGUAUAUCCUAUAAAUUGGUAGUUUGACGUAGAAGCUUGAAUAAGGUUUAACUUUGUGUGUGUGGGGAGCAAGAUGACUUUAUAGAUAGUAUUAUGAGACCCAUUUAAUGCCUGGUUGUGUUUUGGUGAUGUUAGCAGCUGUUGGUAUUGCUAUUGGUUUUUGAUUCUUAAAAUCCCAAAGCGAUCAUCAUGUGAUCUAGAUGUCUAGAUGAGAACGUGUCUAGAUGAGAACAGGCAAGUAUUGCCUGGAAAUGGUAGGGUCUACGCUAUAAAACAGAACCCUUGAUGACCAUCUGAGAAUGAAGCUGUGGUGUGUGGAAUCAAAGAAGACCCAAGUUUCAGUCUUGGCUCCUGUGUUUAGGAGCUGCGUGAUCUUGCCUAAUUAACAGCAACAGUAGUAGCAGCUACCAUUCAUUAGUGCUUAUUUUACACCAGGUUCUGUGCUAAGUGCUUUGUAUAUGUUGUGUAAUCUAAUCCUCAUAACUAUGCUGUAAGGCAGGCAUUCUCAUCUUUAUUUUGUGGUUCACCUUGCUGAGUAGUGAAGCAGGGGUUCAAGCCCUGCUUAACUCCGAUCUUGUGCUCUUAAUAGCUUCUUAAUAGACAUUCUUCCACAUCUAUAAAAAGGGGUAUAAAUAGAGCUGCCUUAUCUAUCCUGUAGGGUUAAUGAGAUAUUGUGUGUGAAAGUGCCUUGAAACAUAUCACGGAUGUUAAAAUGAGAAGUGUGCUGGGCUGGCAAUACACAGGAAAGGUGGAUAGUGGAGGCCUUUGCCUUUGGCUAAGUGAGAGUGAAAGUUUGGACUGGAAGAACCCUCUGGUCACUUUCUAACUUCUGUUUCCAUUACUAUUGCUGUUGAUAUGUGGGAGUUUCCUUCUCAAAAUUGACAGUGAUAGAGAUUUUAUACAUAGUAAAUGUCAUAUGUCAGGUCGCUUAAGAGUCUCUAGGUGAAUAUGAUGUCUUAGUUUUACUCCAUGGGCCAUAUAUGUACAGUAUGUACAGAUUUUUUUAAAGUUUAUUUAUUUAUUUUGAGAGGGAGAGUGUGAGCGGGGGAAGGGCAGAGAGAGAGAGGGAGAGAGAGAAUCCCAAACAGGGAUUCACUGUCAGCGCAGUGAACCCACAAACUGUGAGAUCAUGACCUGAGCUAAAAUCAAGAGUUGGAUGUAGGGGCGCCUGGGUGCCUGUCGGUUGAGCGUCCUACUUCAGCUCAGGUCAUGAUCUCGCGGUUUGUGAGUUCAAGCUCUGCGUCAGGCUCUGUGCUGACAGCUGGGAGCCUAGAGCCUGCCUCGAUUCUGUGUCUCCCCCUCUCUCUGCCCUUCCCCCACUUGCAUUCUGUCUCUCUGUCUCUCUCUCUCAAAAAUAAACAUUACAAAAAAAUGUUAAUGGGAAUGCAAGCUGGUGCAGCCACUCUGGAAAAGAGUAUGGAGGUUCCUCAAAAAACGAAAAAUAGAACUACCCUACGACCCAGCAAUUGCACUGCUAGGCAUUAAUCCAUGGGAUACAGGUGUGCUGUAUUGCAUUGUUGCACUAUAUGCUAACUAAUUUGGAUGUAAAUUUUAAAACAUAAAUAAAUAAAUAAACAACAACAACAAAAACGAAUUUAAGAGUUGGAUGCUUAACUGACUGAGGCACCCAGACGUUCCUCAGUACAGAUAUUUUUAACUGAGAGAGCAAGAGUAUAGUCAUAGUUCUUUUUCUUCUUUUCUUUUUUUCUUUUUCUUUUUCUUUUUUUAAUAUUUAUUUUAUUUUUGAGAGAAAGGAGAGAGAAAGAGAGCAUGAGUUGGGGAGGGGUAGAGAGAGAGGGAGACAGAAUCUGAAGCAGGUUCCAGGCUCUGAGCUGUCAGCACAGAGCCUGACGUGGGGCUCAGACUCACGAACCUCAAGAUCGUGACCUGAGCUGAAGUUGGCGCUUAACCGACUGGGCCACCCAGGCGCCCCCAUAGUUCUUUUUCUAAAAGGAUAAAUAUUUAUUAAAAGUAGGAGAAAUAUUAACUGAAUUUGUAUAUUUCUUUAGCUGGAUAGUGGGUAUAUCUGUUAAAAUUAUUUUCAAUACCUUUUUUGUAUGUCAAAUAUUUUGUAAUCAAUAAAACCAUUAUUAAAAGUGCUAACCACUAAUAUUUGCAUGUGUAACAGACUAUGAGAAAUGGGUAUGAAGUUAGUACCUGUAGGUCUGUCCUUCAGCAAUUUGUUAUCGAUUAUGAUAAAUUGGUACUGAGUACAUGGAUAGCUGUUUAGAAGAGUUCUAUUGCAAUUUCCAGCUCAGUGGCAGAGGGUAUCGUGAUUGAUGUCUGAGGCAGACAUGUAGAGUAUAGGAAUAGUGCUUUGUUUUUGCUAACCGCUGAUUAUCUAAUGUGUUUAUCAGAAAGCCCCGAGACUUCACCUGGACAGUUUCUUGGUCCUGUGCUUACUGCAGUUCUUCUUUUACCCUGGGAAUCAUACUAUGAUACUGUAUCUACUAUGGUGAAAUCUACUAGGAUUUCGUUAUGAUUAAUCCCAAGAAAGAUUUCCUAUUUAUUUUUAUUAUUAUUUUUAUUGAGAUAUAAUUCAUGUAUCAUAAAGUUACCCUUUUAAAGUGGCUUUUAGUGUAUUCACAAAGUUAUACAACUAUUAUCACUGUUAUCAGACUGUUCUACCACGCCAAAAGAAAUCCCAUGGAACCAUACAAUAUUUGACCUUUUGUGUCACACUUCUUUCUUUCACUUUGCAUAAUACUCUCAUGGUUCUUUCAUAUCGUAGCAUGAUCUGUAUUUCAUUCCAUUUUAUGGCCAAAUAAUAUUCUGUUGUAUGCAUAGACCACAUUUUAUGUAUCUGUUUAAUUGUUGAUGGACAUGUGAGUUAUUUCCACUUUUUGACUAUUAUGAAUAAUCUGGCUGUCAACUUCCAUGUACAAGUUUUUACACGGACAUAUGUUUUCCUUUCUUUUAGUAAUAUACCUAGGAGUGUGUGAGAAAUAAGGCCACUGACCCAAUCAAAGGAGGAACGCGGAGGAGACUCGGAGCACAGUGAAGCAAGGCUUUAAUCACCGUUCUUGCAAGAGCAGGUGUCUGAUGGACAGGCACGCUCGGGGCAGUUACAGCAGGCAGUUUAUCUCCUAGCAUGCAAGGGCCUCCCCUGGUUCCUCAUUGGCUGAGUACUACAGAGGUUACAGCCUUACCUAGACAACGCCUUUGCCCGUGUAAGGCAAAAAAUAGUCUGAUUGGGACAAAUGUACAUUCCUUGAGGUGACACAGAGACUUCAGUUCUUUGGCUCACACUCAUUGCAAAGCCCGUGAAAAAUAAGCCCACGAAAUGGAGAGGGGAGGAAGAACCAGGAAGUGAAGUGUCUAAGAGUUUGGGACUCUAUUGUGGGUAGGUGGGGGUUUGUACAUAUUUCCAAUGGGUUGUAAACCUAUUGUUACUAGACAGCCCUGCUUUUAUUUGGUAUUUCUGAAAAUGAAUCAUCUCACUGACUUCUCAAAGAAUGGAAUUACUGGGUCAUAUGGUAACUCUGUGUCUAACAUUUUGAGGAAUACAAACUGUUCCAAAGUGGCUGCACCAUUUUACAUUUCCACCAGCAGUGUAUGAGGGUUCUGAUUUCUCUAUUUCCUUGCCAGCACUACUAUUUUUUAAAAAAUUUUUAAGUUUUAUUUAUUUAUUUAUUUAUUUAUUUAUUAUUAUUUUAAAUUUUAUUUUAUUUCUUAAAUUUACAUCCAAAUUAGUUAGCAUAUAGUGCAACAAUGAUUUCAGGAGUAGAUUCUUUAUGCCCCUAACCCAUUUAGUCCAUUCCCCCUCUCACACCGCCUCCAGUAACCCUCUGUUUGUUCUCCAUAUUUAUGAAUCUCUUAUGUUUUGUCCCCCUCCCUGUUUUUAUAUGAUUUUUGCUUCCCUUCCCUUAUGUCCCUUUUGUAUCUUAAAGUCAUCAUAUGAGUGAAGUCAUAUAAUAUUUGUCUUUCUCUGACUGACUACUUUCACUUAGCAUAAUACCCUCCAGUUCCAUCCAUGUAGUUGCAAGUGGCAAGAUUUCAUUCGUUUUGAUUGCCAAGUGAUACUCCAUUGUAUAUAUAGACCACAUCUUCUUUAUCCAUUCAUCCAUCGAUGGACAUUUGGGCUCUUUCCGUAUUUUGGUUAUUGCUGAAAGUGCUGCUAUAAACAUUGAGGUGCACGUGUCCCUUCGAAACAGCACGCCUGUAUCCCUUGGAUAAAUGCCUAGUAGUGCAAUUGCUGGGUCUUAGGGUAGUUCUAUUUUUAAUUUUUUGAGGAACCUCCAUACUGUUUUCCAGAGUGGCUGCACCAGCUUGCAUUCCCAAAGUGUUUUUUUAUUUAUUUUUGAGAGACAGAGAGAGACAGAGCAUGAGUAGGGAGGGGCAGAAAGAGAAAGAGACACAGAAUCUGAAGCAGACUUCAGGCUCUGAGCUGUCAGCACGGAGCCCGAAGCGGGGCUCAAACCCAUGAACUGUGAGAUCAUGGUCUGAGCCGAAGUCGGAUACUUAACCAACUGAGCCACCUGUCAGCACUUACUAUUAUAUGACUUUUUGACCCACGCCAUUCUAAAGUGUGAAGUGGAAUUGUAAUUUGAUUUGCAUUUCCCUAAUGACUAAGAUGUGGAGCAUCUUUUCAUAACGCUUAUUGGCCAUUCAUACAUCUUUUUUUUAGAGAAAUGCCUAUUUAAAUCUUUUGCCAGUUUUUGAAUUUGGUGACUUGCCCUUUUAUUAUUGAAAAUAUGAGUCCCAUAUCAGAUAGAUGAUUUGCAAAUAUAUUCUCCCAUCAUGUGGAUAGUGUUUUUACUUUCUUGAUGGUGUCCUCUAAGGCACAAAAGUUUUUAAUUUUGGUGAAGUCCAAUUUAUCUUUUUUUUUCCUUGUCCCUUUGGUGUCAUAACUAAGAGACUCUUGCCUGAUCUGAGGUGAUGAAAAUUUAUGCCUGUGUUUUUUUUUAAGAGUUUAUAGUUUUAGGACUUAAUUUAGGUCUUUGAUACAUUUUGAGUUAAUAUUUCUCUUUGUGUAUGAGGUAGAUUUCAGUUCUUUUUGCAGUAGAGAUAAAGCUCGUUAUUUUUAAAUUUACACAGCAAGACCCUCUGAUUAACCUCACUGGAUAAUAUCUUAAUCAGUAUAUGAUUUCCUGCCACUUUAUUAGUUUCACCUCUGACUUCCUGCUAAUGAGUAUUUUGUUGGUCUUAAAUGGAGUUUCUUUAUCAAAGCCAUAUUAACCUUUGCACUUAAAAAAAUGUGAGAAUUAGGAGGAAGUUUAUUGAUCAUGAAGUCCAACCUUUUACCAGAGUAGAGGCUUCAGCAUCUGUGACGGAGAGGCUUUCGACUUCUUUUUUGACACUUUCAGAGAUGAUUUGUUUACUGUGCUGGCUUUGGCAGCACAUAUACAGAGAUGAUUCAUUCACUGAAUUGUAUUGCACUGUAAUGCAGUAUUUAAGAAAUCUUAUCUAAUCAAAAAUCAUUUUAUAAAUAAAAAAUGUUUCAGAGGGAAAUGAUAAUUAUUGAGUUUAUUGAUGGUUUACCACAGUUUUAAUUUCAUUUUUCCUGUAGCAAUUUAAGUUAAAAGGAGUUGGUGAUUGUAUCAUGUUAUGGAUGGAAAGUAUGUGUCACCCCAGAAUUCAUAUGUUGAAGCCCAAAACCCCCAAUGUGAUGGUAUCAGAAGGUGUGGCCUUUUGGUGGUAAUUAAGUUUAAAUGAGAUGUGAGGGCACUGUCCUCACAAUGGGAUUAAUGUCCUCGUAAGAAGAUACCAGGGAGUUUGCCCGACCCCCCACUGCCCCAUAGCAUGUGGUGAUACAGCAUGAAGGCAGAUAUGUAUACACCAGGAAAGGGCCCUCAUGAGACACCAGAUCUACUGGCACCUUGAUCUUGGACUUCCUAGCCUUCAGAACUUUGAGAAAUAAAUGUUUGUUGUCUAAGUACCCCCAGUCUCUGAUGUUUUGUUAUAGCAGCCAGAAGUAAGACAUAGAAUAACCCACAGGGGUUUAUAAUUAAAUGAAAGCAUUAUAUCCACCAGUGUAUUCAGAGAAAUACUCAUAUUCCUAAAGCAAUUCAGCUCAGUUUUUUAAUUUUUAUUUAUUUAAAAAAAUUUUUUUUUAAUGUUUAUUUAUUUUUGAGACAGAGAGAGACAGAGCAUGAACGGGGCAGGGUCAGAGAGAGGGAGACACAGAAUCUGAAACAGGCUCCAGGCUCUGAGCCGUCAGCACAGAGCCCGACGCGGGGCUCGAACCCACGGACAGUGAGAUCGUGACCUGAGCCGAAGUCAGACGCUCAGCCGACUGAGCCACCCAGGCGCCCCUUUAAUUUUUAUUUAAAAUUUUAUUUUAAUUAAUUAAUUUUCCAGAGCACAGCAUACACUUUAUCUUAAUACUAAGCAUUAGAGUGAUAAAAAAAAUACAGAAUGGAAAAUUAGAGUAUCACUUAGUCUUUGUGAUUACGUAGUUCUGGUCUUUCACCAUUUCUUUUUUUUUUAAAUAUAUAAUUUAUUGUCAAGUUAGCUAACAUAGUGUAUACGGUGUGCUCAUGGCUUCAGGGGUAGAUUACCGUGAUUCAUCACUUACAUAAAACACCCAGUAAUUCAGCUCAGUUUUAAAAAGCUAAUGGUUAGAACAUUUAACAUUUAUUCUUUUAUUCAGCUGAAUAUUGCCCCUGGUAACAACUCUGCAUUUUAUCAAUGUCCUCUUAAAACUUGGCUCCUAAAAUUAAAGUCAGUACUUGGUGUAUGCACAUAUUAGUACAAAGUAUGGCUGGCUGAUAGUUUUUGUUUAUUUUGUUUUUUCUUAUUAUAGAACUCAAAAUUAAGCUGCUUUUUUGGUAGACAUAUAUUUGGGACUCAUAUUGAACUUAUGAUUAAGUGAAACCCCUUUUUAACAAGUUACUAAACUUCAUGUUCCCUUCCUUUGAAACUCCUUAGAGUUGCCGUGAAAGUUAAUUUACACCUACAAAUUAUCUGGGCUCUUCUCUGUGACUUACUGGCUACGUGACCUUAGCCAAGAUACCGAAUUUCUUUGACCUCAUUUAUCUGUGAAAUGGGGAUAAUACCUCCAUUUUCACAGUGUUGUUGGGGGUUUAAUUAGAUGAUGUGUGCCAAUGCAUGCAUGUGGCUCUAGCAUUCCCAAUGGAAAUAGGUCUUAUGCAAACAGUCUUCUGUCAUGGGUGCUUUGUUGCUGGCCUUACUUAACUCUGUCAGAUAUUGACUAUUUGUUAAAUAGAAUCCACCCAGUUCAGAUCUCUUUAUGUGUUGGAUUGAUAGGAACUAUUUGCAUAUGAAACCUGCAGAAGAGAAUAAAGAAUAGUAGAAGAAUCAUUCCAUGUACCAUCCACCUAACUUAAUUGGACUUAAACAUUUUGCUGUAUUUCAGAUUUUUUUAAAAAGAAGUAAAACAAUGUGGAAUUGAACCCUCCGUGUACCAUUCUCUCACUUUACCUUCCUACCCAUUCCCUCGAGAUCUGUCCUUAUUAGUGGAAAUGUAACUGGAACCGACUCUGAUGAUAAAAUCAAGGACCAUCAGCAAGAUCAUGCAGUAGAAAAUUUUGGUUCCAAAUGAAGACCCCAACAUUUAGAAUUUCUACUUUUUCUAAGUUUGCAUAAUUGGCCUUAAAUGAGGUGAGAGUGAAGAAACUAGAGCCAUCUCUGGAUACAUCGCUACCCCACUUCCCUGUAAGCUACCCUCCGGAGUGCUAGAUUUGACCAUAUCUGUUUUGAGGACUCAUUAUGAACAAAGAAGUCUCCCAGGUGUGAAGUUUUUCAACAUGAGUGGCCUCGGGGACAGUUCAUCCGACCCUGCUAACCCAGACUCACAUAAGAGGAAAGGAUCGCCAUGUGACACACUGGCAUCAAGCACUGAAAAGAGGCGCAGGGAACAAGAAAAUAAAUAUUUAGAAGAACUAGCUGAGUUACUGUCUGCCAACAUCAGUGACAUUGACAGUUUGAGUGUAAAGCCAGACAAAUGCAAGAUUUUGAAGAAGACAGUCGAUCAGAUACAGCUAAUGAAGAGAAUGGAACAAGAGAAAUCAACAACUGAUGAUGAAGUGCAGAAAUCAGACAUCUCAUCGAGCAGUCAAGGAGUGAUAGAAAAGGAAUCCUUGGGACCUCUUCUGUUGGAGGCUUUGGAUGGAUUUUUCUUUGUUGUGAACUGUGAAGGGAGAAUUGUAUUUGUGUCGGAGAAUGUGACCAGCUACUUGGGUUACAAUCAGGAGGAAUUAAUGAAUACCAGUGUCUACAGCAUACUGCAUGUAGGGGAUCAUGCAGAAUUUGUGAAGAAUCUGCUACCAAAAUCACUAGUAAAUGGAGUUCCUUGGCCUCAAGAGGCAACACGACGAAAUAGCCAUACCUUUAACUGCAGGAUGCUAAUUCACCCUCCAGAUGAGCCAGGCACCGAGAACCAAGAAGCUUGCCAGCGGUAUGAAGUAAUGCAGUGUUUUACUGUGUCACAGCCAAAAUCAAUUCAAGAGGAUGGAGAAGAUUUCCAGUCAUGUUUGAUUUGUAUUGCACGGCGAUUACCUCGGCCUCCAGCUAUUACCGGUGUAGAAUCCUUUAUGACCAAGCAAGAUACUACAGGCAAAAUCAUCUCUAUUGAUACCAGUUCCCUGAGAGCUGCUGGCAGAACUGGCUGGGAAGAUUUAGUGAGGAAGUGCAUUUAUGCUUUUUUCCAACCUCAGGGCAGAGAACCAUCUUAUGCCAGACAACUGUUUCAAGAAGUGAUGACCCGUGGCACUGCGUCCAGCCCAUCCUAUAGAUUCAUAUUGAAUGAUGGGACAAUGCUUAGCGCCCACACCAAGUGUAAGCUUUGCUACCCUCAAAGUCCAGACAUGCAACCUUUCAUCAUGGGAAUUCAUAUCAUCGACAGGGAACACAGUGGUCUUUCUCCUCAAGAUGACACUAAUUCUGGAAUGUCAAUUUCCCGAGUAAACCCGUCCGUCAAUUCUAGUAUCUCUCCGGCUCAUGGUGUGGUUCGUUCAUCCACAUUGCCACCAUCCAGCAACAACAUGGUAUCCCCCAGAGUAAACCGCCAACAGAGCUCAGACCUCCAUAGCAGCAGUCAUAGUAACUCUAGCAACAGCCAAGGGAGUUUUGGAUGCUCACCUGGAAAUCAGAUUGUAGCCAGUGUUGCCUUAAACCAGGGACAGGCCAGUUCCCAGAGCACUAACCCCUCCUUAAACCUCAAUAAUUCUCCUAUGGAAGGUACAGGAAUAUCUCUUGCACAGUUCAUGUCUCCAAGGAGACAAGUUAGUUCUGGAUUGGCAACAAGGCCCAGGAUGCCAAACAAUUCGUUUCCUCCUAAUAUUCCAACAUUAAGCUCUCCCGUUGGCAUGACAGGUACUACCUGUAAUAAUAGUAACCGAUCUUAUUCAAACAUCCCAGUAACAUCUUUACAGAGUAUGAACGAAGGACCCAAUAACUCCGUUGGCUUCUCUGCCACUUCUCCAGUCCUCAGGCAGAUGAGCUCUCAGAAUUCACCUAGCAGAUUAAAUAUACAGCCCACAAAAGCUGAGUCCAAAGAUAACAAAGAGAUUGCAUCCAUUUUAAAUGAAAUGAUUCAGUCCGACAACAGCUCUAGUGAUGGCAAACCUCUGGAUUCCGGGCUUCUGCAUAACAAUGACAGACUCUCAGAUGGAGACAAUAAAUACUCCCAAACCAGUCACAAACUAGUGCAGCUUCUGACAACAACAGCAGAGCAGCAGUUACGGCAUGCCGAUAUAGACACAAGUUGCAAAGAGGUACUGUCUUGCUCAGGCACUUCCGGCUCGGCCUCUGGUAACUCUUCGAGUGGCUCUUGCCCCUCCUCUCAUAGCUCACUGACAGAGCGGCACAAAAUUCUGCACAGGCUCUUACAGGAGGGCAGCCCCUCGGAUAUCACCACUUUAUCUGUCGAGCCUGAUAAAAAGGACAGUGCGUCUACUUCUGUGUCAGUGACUGGACAGGUACAAGGGAACUCGAGCGUAAAACUAGAACUGGAUGCUUCAAAGAAAAAAGAAUCAAAAGACCAUCAGCUCCUACGAUAUCUUUUAGAUAAAGAUGAGAAAGAUAUAAGAUCAACUCCAAACCUGAGCCUGGAUGAUGUGAAGGUGAAAGUGGAAAAGAAAGAACAGAUGGAUCCUUGUAACACAAACCCAACCCCAAUGACCAAACCUGCUCCUGAGGAAAUUAAACUGGAGUCCCAGAGCCAGUUUACAGCUGACCUUGACCAGUUUGAUCAGUUACUACCCACACUGGAGAAGGCAGCCCAGUUGCCAGGCCUGUGUGAGCCGGAGAGGAUGGAUGGUGCGGUCACCAAUGUAACGAUCAAAUCCGAGACCCUGCCAGCUUCGCUUCAGUCCACCACUGCCAGACCCACUUCCAGGCUGAAUAGAUUACCGGAGCUGGAAUUGGAAGCAAUUGAUAACCAGUUUGGACAGCCAGGAACAGGUGAUCAGAUUCCAUGGGCAAAUAAUACAGUGACUACCGUAAAUCAGAAUAAACCAGAAGACCAGUGUAUUAGUUCACAAUUAGAUGAGCUUCUCUGUCCACCAACAACAGUAGAAGGAAGAAAUGAUGAGAAGGCUCUUCUUGAACAGCUGGUGUCCUUCCUCAGCGGCAAAGAUGAAACGGAGCUAGCUGAACUAGAUAGAGCUCUGGGGAUUGACAAACUUGUCCAGGGAGGUGGAUUAGAUGUGUUAUCAGAGAGAUUCCCACCACAACAAGCAACACCACCUUUGAUGAUGGACGAAAGACCCAACCUUUAUUCCCAGCCUUAUUCUUCUCCUUCACCUACUGCCAAUCUCUCCAGCCCUUUCCAAGGCAUGGUCAGGCAAAAACCUUCCCUGGGGACUAUGCCUGUUCAAGUGACACCUCCCCGAGGCGCUUUUUCACCCAGCAUGGGCAUGCAGCCCAGACAGACUCUGAACAGACCUCCCGCUGCCCCCAACCAGCUGCGGCUUCAGCUUCAGCAGCGCUUGCAGGGACAGCAGCAGUUGAUACACCAAAAUCGGCAAGCUAUCUUAAACCAGUUUGCAGCAAACACUCCUGUUGGCAUCAAUAUGAGAUCAGGCAUGCAGCAGCAGAUUACACCUCAGCCACCCCUGAACGCCCAAAUGUUGGCACAGCGCCAGCGGGAGUUGUACAGCCAACAGCACCGACAGAGGCAGCUAAUACAGCAGCAAAGAGCCAUGCUCAUGAGGCAACAAAGCUUUGGGAACAACCUCCCUCCCUCAUCUGGACUGCCAGUUCAAAUGGGGAACCCCCGUCUUCCUCAGGGUGCUCCGCAGCAAUUUCCCUACCCACCAAACUAUGGUACAAAUCCAGGAACCCCACCUGCUUCUACCAGCCCGUUUUCACAACUGGCAGCAAAUCCCGAGUCAACCUUGGCCAACCGCAACAGCAUGGUGAACAGAGGCAUGACAGGAAACAUGGGAGGACAGUUUGGCACUGGAAUCAAUCCUCAGAUGCAGCAGAAUGUCUUCCAGUAUCCAGGAUCAGGAAUGGUUCCCCAAGGUGAGGCCAGCUUUGCUCCAUCUCUAAGCCCUGGGAGCUCCAUGGUGCCGAUGCCAAUCCCUCCCCCUCAGAGCUCUCUGCUCCAGCAGACUCCACCCACUUCGGGGUACCAGUCACCAGACAUGAAGGCCUGGCAGCAAGGAGCAAUGGGAAACAACAACGUGUUCAGUCAAGCUGUCCAGAGCCAGCCCACGCCUGCGCAGCCCGGAGUGUACAACAAUAUGAGCAUCACCGUGUCCAUGGCAGGUGGAAACACAAAUGUUCAGAACAUGAACCCGAUGAUGGGCCAGAUGCAGAUGAGCUCUUUGCAGAUGCCAGGAAUGAACACUGUGUGCCCUGAGCAGAUAAAUGAUCCAGCACUGAGACACACAGGCCUCUACUGCAACCAGCUCUCAUCCACUGACCUUCUCAAAACAGAAACAGAUGGAACCCAGGACAAGAAGACAGAAGAGUUCUUCUCUGUGGUGACUACAGACUAGAGGAAUGCUCUACAGGUGCAACAGGUUCAGGUGUUUGCUGACGUCCAAUGUACAGUGAAUCUGGUAGGCGGGGACCCUUACCUGAACCAGCCUGGUCCACUGGGAACU